AUGAUCAUGAUACCAAGUGGUUUGCUGUACGAUACACCAGUAUUCAUGCAACCUGCAUCAUGUUGCAAUAAUCAAGACUUGCUUUGUUGCUUGCACGAUCCCGAGUCGAAUGUCAAGCUUGUCGUGCUCCAUGAGGUCGCUGAACGAACGGUUGUCAUUCAGACGGCAAAUGGCGAACACGAGUUGAUUGUUGUUGCAAGUGGCGGUUGUUUUUUCGAGUCAUCCGUUCUUGGUAUGGGUGAAGAAUUUAAAGUGAAGGAUGCCGCAAAUGGAUUGCUCGUGUUUGUAUCAUGCCGAACCGGUAACGUACUUGAAAGUGACGAGAACGGUCUGCCGCGAUGCGUGGAUACAAUCUCCCGCGGGUGGGUGCUUUGGCACCAUACGAUUAGCAACAGCAUCAGUGGUAACACAGCUGUGAAAGCUGUACGAGCGGUGGAAUCACUGUGUAACAACUACAGCGAUGUCAAGUACAAGAACGCCGAGAUUAUCUUAUGA